AUGAGUGGCCGAGGAAAAACCGGUGGUAAAGCCCGCGCUAAGGCAAAGACCCGAUCCUCCAGGGCCGGGCUCCAGUUCCCGGUGGGCCGUGUCCACAGGCUGCUGAGGAAGGGCAACUAUGCGGAGCGUGUCGGUGCCGGAGCUCCGGUCUACCUGGCGGCGGUGCUGGAGUACCUGACCGCUGAGAUCCUGGAGCUGGCUGGAAACGCCGCCCGCGACAACAAGAAGACCAGGAUCAUCCCGCGCCACCUGCAGCUGGCGGUCCGUAACGACGAGGAGCUCAACAAGCUGCUGGGCGGAGUGACCAUCGCUCAGGGCGGCGUGCUGCCCAACAUCCAGGCGGUUCUGCUGCCCAAGAAGACCGAGAAGCCCGCAAAGUCCAAGUAG